UAGAAGUCCACCACUAUUCUGCCGACACGGAGUUAGGCCGUCGAACCAAUCUAAGCGUUGUUUAUAUGAUAAAGACGAGAAUGGUAUCAUAGAUGGAUGUCGAUCCCUAAGCCAUCUUCAAAACUGUAAACAUUUUGAUUGUCCUAUUGACUACAUGAAGUGUCCAGGUAGCUUCUGUAUUCCUUUCAUGUAUGUGUGUAAUGGAAGAAUAGAUUGUCCAGACGGAUAUGAUGAAAAUAUAUGUGGCUGUGAAAGCACACGAAACAAAAUUAUUAUUAUGCGUCCCUGGCUGCCCGUCGAAAGUUCUGAAAACUCCAAGAAACUUUACGAGAUUUCGACCCGACUCGGAGGAUUACUAUUUACAGAUAAAAACACAGUACAGAUAUUAGGUGUUGAUUACCACAAUCGGGAAUUAGAACCUGAAGUAAUAAUGGAGAGCACUGAUGUUUUGUCACACAGUGAACUUUUCAAUAAAGCAUAUAAAAUACAUCAUCUUAAUUCAUACGAAAACAACACAUUCUUUGAAGAUAUGUUUAAUGGAAGUUACCAACAAUUCGGUAUAAUUUGGUUAUCUCACUCCGGUGAGGGAACGGAUUCAGAGCACUUCAUUUUUUCGAAGCUUGAACAUAUCGAGAACCAGUCGUCUAAUGUAUUCAUGAAAUAUCGUUUAGAAAUUGACAAACACUUGAGAACAGAAUUAUUAGUGAAUGCUAAGUCUUCUCUAAAAGAAAUAAAAGUAAGAAAUAUCGAAAUACUUGGAACGAUUGGAGCACAGCUUUUUCCAGAAGUGUGUACAGGAAAAAUGUUGUCUUGCAAGGGCAGAUAUCGAUGUAUUUCCAGUAAAGUUUGCAUACCAUUCAAACAGUUAUGCGACAGCAGAAAACAAUGUCCACAUGGAGACGACGAAGACCAUUGUGACUUCAAAUGCCCUGCAUAUUGCUCUUGUCGUCCAUUAGUUAUUGAUUGUUCUAAUAUUGGCAAAGCUAAUGUUAACUUUAGCGCAUCUUCCCCAACACGUGUUUUAGACAUAAGCAAUUCCACCUUUAUUUGUAGCGAUCUUCUUGAAAAUGCAGAGACAAGACGAAUAUUUUCAUUAUUGAUUUCCCUGAACAUGUCUUGGUGCGAAAUUAGGUUUCUAUCAAACUCUUCGUUUACGUAUUUGAGCAAUCUCCGUGUUCUUGACGUUACUUUUAAUAAAUUUAGAAAGCUUCCGAAAAAUGUUUUUAACGAUUUGAAAGCUUUACGUUACCUGAAUAUACAUGGGAACCGGCAACUAAAACAACUAGAACCAGGAGCUUUCAACGAUACAUUGAAGUGGAUGACUAUUGGAGAAAAAGCGCAUGGUGCCAACUGGCUGGAGUAUUAUCUACGGUGUCUUCUGAAGCCAGUGUCCUUUUCAUGUGCCUAA